GUCAUGCUGAUACAAUGAAUACAACAGCUUGUGGUACAUUAGAUUAUUUAGCACCAGAAAUUGUUGGUCAUAAACAAUAUCAAUAUCAAAUUGAUAAUUGGUGUGUUGGUGUACUUGCAUAUGAACUUUUAUCUGGUCAUGCACCAUUUGAAGGAACGGAUGAUGAAACAAAAAUAAAAAUUGCAACUAUUAAUUAUAUAUUUCCUGAUUAUUUUUCUCAACUUGCAAGAAAAUUUAUUGAUAAUCUUUUACAAAAAGAUCCAAAAAAACGUAUAUCACUUUUGGAUUGUAUUGCUCAUGAUUGGUUACAAAAAAAUGCAUAUAAAUAUAUGUUUGGUCCAUAUAAAUGUAUUGCAAGUUCGUCAAACGUCCGGUAUAUAAGUGGAGAACUUGAUUCCGCUAUCUCAUUUCGAUGUGAAAUUGCUCAAUUACCAUUCAAUGCCGUUAUAACUUGGGUAUAUCGUCCAAAAAUUCCUACAACAAAUGGUAUAAAAUGGUUACCAUUAUAUGCAAAUGCACGUCGUUUAACACAAAAUAAUCGACGUUUUAUAGUUGAUUAUAGUGGUUAUAAUAUUCAAACUCAAAUACAUCUAUCAAUAUUAACUAUAAAUCAAUUAAAUUUAUCCGAUGAAGGAAUUUAUAUGUGUAAAUCAAAUCAACAUCAUUCAAUAGCAAAUAUUUAUAAUUUAACUGUAACUCCUUCAAUGAAAAUUUAUCCAAAUGAUGGAAUUAUUGAAUUAAAAAAUUAUCAACGAUCAAUUAAUUUAUCAUGUACAGUACGAGAAUUAUCAACAAAUAUAAUUGAUCCAUUAAAAAUAAAAUGGUAUCAUAAUAAAUAUCAUAUAAAUCAACAUCAAACAUUACAUAUUAUUAAUAAAUAUCCAUAUAAUAAUCAAGCUACAUUAAUAUUAUAUAUACAUAAUUUAUCAUUAAAUGAUUCAGGUUUAUUUCAAUGUAUAUAUAAUAAUGGUAUAAUAAGCAAAGAUGUUCAAAUAAUUUCUACUUCUUCGGUGCUUGGAUAUUCUAAAUCUAUAAGUCGAAAACUAAUAUCUUCAUGGAUAUUAUUAGUUUAUAAUAUGAUUAUCAUUUUUAUUGUAACAUGA